AUGCAAGUUGGGCAAUGUCAGAUCCAGAUGACGGGGGGCGUGAAACGAAACGGUGGCCAAAGACCUUCAGAAGGGUGGAGAGCAAGGUUGACGGUGACCAUCAAGGAAGCUUCCGACCAGCGGACGCCCUUGCUCGUAGUCAAAGUUAUCAAUACGGGACUGAUUGACAGGCUGGUGAAUGGCGGAAUUUGCGUGGUUUAUGAUAAACGCAACGGGCGAAGAAUGGAUCAUCGAGAGCCUCUUAUCGACGAUGCCGAAAGCGACAACAAGAUUGGAGGUUCAGCGAGGAAACAAUAUUGUAGUAAAGAAGAGAAGCAUAGCAAAAUAGAAACCCCAAGCGAUAGAACGAACGCACGCCCUCAUCAACCGCUUCAACAGAACACCAGAGGCGGAGAACCAACUCCUCAUGCUGUCCUGGAUAACCAAAGUCACACUCUGCAGCGUGCCAAACCACCCGACUAUUCGUGCCUCCACUUCUAA